UCGAGCCGCUGAAUCAUUUCAGUUCUGUACGCGGAAGAAUGCAGUCGUAUUUUCUAAACUCGCUGUCCAAAAGCUAAUCCAAUUUUUGAUCUUGAUAAAUGCCAUGAGAGAAAUGUUAAUGAUCAUCAAAUCAAGGCAUAAUUCAGUGUUUAUUAAUAGAAUCGGAGCGCAUCCUGUUUAUGGGCCAGCAGUAAGCGGAAAUUAACGGAAAGAAAACUCAGUAUCGUUAGAGGAUAAACUACAAUCAUCUACUUAAAUCAUCGCAGUAUUAACAAGCAAGUAAACAAAGCUAAGCUUCCACAACCGAGGGCAAUACCGUAGAACACGUAACACGUAAAGUCUCACCCACUAUGAGUGAGCACGAGGACCUGGAAGACGGAGAGAUUGAGGACGGAGAGAUCGAGGACGAUGACGAAGAGGGCGUCCCGGUGGCAGCAGCGGCAGUGGAAGGCAGUGCUGCACCCGCUCCAGAACAAACGGCCGGCCCGGCGGCCACUUCCGGUGUCGAUACUGCGGCGGGCCCCGCUGACGAUCGGCGGAGAGACGCAGAACGCGACCGGACGCGGGAGAUCCAGGAAAAGGUUCAAAGCGUCAAGAAGAUGAUCGACGCCAAGGCGCGGCUGAUCGACGAGGUGGCCCCGUCCAAGUCGUCUAAGCGGGCCAAACCGGUCGUUGAUGAUUGGGCGACCAAGGUGGAGAAUGCCCUCGCCAACGCACUGAUCAAGGACGGCGUCGAGCCUCCAAUGCCAUCGAUUAGCAGGAGGUCGGAAGAGCGGGACGCCGAAGUGCCAUCCAAGCGCCGGAAGCGGGACAGGCAAAAGAAGAAGCCUGCCCCUGCAGAGAAGGCGACCAAAGACCAGGAGAUGGAGGAGAUCGAUCUGGAGUACGAGAUGAUGAACGUCCGCGGCGGUAGUCCCCGGCCACAGGCACGGAGCAACAACACCGGCAGUGGUGGACGACAGCACGAUCGAAGCGAUUCGGAGGACAGCUACAGCUCGGACGAGUCUCGCGGUGGUCGGCGGGAUCGGCGCGAUCGAGACAGGGAGCGCGAUCGGGAGUACAAUCGACGCAAGCGGAAGAACCGCCAGCGGAACCGGGCCAACCGGGAUAACCGGAAGCGCAAGCGAGAUGAUUCGGAUGACGACAAGCACCACAGCCGCAACAGCGGACCGCGCAAGAUGGAACUGUGCAAGUUCUACCUGAUGGACUGUUGCGCCAAGCGGGAAAAGUGUCUGUACAUGCACUCAGACUUUCCGUGCAAGUAUUACUACCUGGGGCUCAAGUGCAAGGAGCAGGACAAGUGCCUGUUCAGCCACGGCGAUCCGUUGACGGACGAGCUGCGGGUCAUACUGUUGAAGCAUUUAGAAACGGCGCCGCAGGAAAUCCUCGGCGACUUUCCGCGGAUCAACCGCGAGUCGGCGAUCAAGAUGGUUAACGCGACGCACCAGAAGCUGACGAACAAGAACAAGGCAAGUGGAGGGGGUGCUGGAGGCGGCGAUACUGCUGCGGUUUGUGGUGAUGGUGAUGGGGACAAGAUUCCGUCCCUGCUGGACAUGAUGGCGCACGGCGAUCGGGGUGGGUCGAAGAACCGACGAUCGCGGUGGUGCGAUAAGAAUCCAGGCAAUGGCAGUAGCAAAGCCAAUGAGAGCAACUCUGGAGAGGACUUCCUGAGCUUGAAAUACCUUAACGGAGUCAUAUCGCAGGAGCAAAUCGUGAACCUGGAAGAGAUGGGUAUCCACAAUCUGGACCAGAUCAGUCAGCUGACUGUGGCGCAGCUGAACGAACUUGGUUUGAGCAUCAAUCAGAUUCAUGAACUGCAGCUCAACGCGCUGAACAUGAAGAAGUUGAGGGAAAACAUCGCAAAGCAAGGCGCUUCGGACGGUGUCGAGGGCGGCAUAGAUCCGGCGUCAAGCAGCAAGGACAUGGAUAUGCGCAUCACUCCCUCGCACACGGAUCUACAGAAACCGAUCAGUUCCGACAUAGGUACUCUUAGCGGAGGUCAGGACGUCGACAUGAGAUUCCUUCCCAUGGUCAACACGGCUGGUCCGGCAGACGCACCAGGAAACGACAACUCCAACAGCCAAGAAGAGCUCAACCAACUCUUGCCACUGACCGGCCUCAUCAAGACUCCAACCGUGGACUACUCGCAGUAUCUCAAGGAUUCGAACCUGAACGACGACGACGAUAUGGACCACACGGAAAACGCGGACAAACUGAUGAUCGCGCACGACGACGAAGACGAGGACGAUGAUGACGAGGAAAACAAUCUCAAAAUCAACAUCGAAGAAGAACAGCCCGAGGAUCGCAACGGUCUCGGCGCCUUCGAGUGGGACAGAGAAGACGAGGACGAUCGGAGGCCUCUCCAGCCCCAGCCGGCAGUCUUCGACACCAAGUCCGUUACCCAAUCGCUUUCCACGCAAAAGAUCGACUACACCAAAUCCUUCGGCAUGUACAAACCAGCCGACGAGGAACCGGAAAAGCCCCCCACCGAGUCGUGCAUCCUCGAUCGCUACAGCGACGACUCCGACAGCUCGAAAAAGAAAUCCGACAUCUUCUCCACCCGCAAAUCCAUGUACAAUCUAGACCCUCCCGGAGCCAGCUCACCUUCUUCGACCAAACAAGGCGACUCUCCCAACAGCACCCCCACCCUAGGAUGGACACCAACCGCCGGAACAACCACCACAACCACGCCAUCUACCACCGCAAAAUCCUCGUCCAAAGCGCCGCUCCGGCCAUCGAUCUACGACGACCCGUGCGCCACUUCGGACAACAGCGACAACGACGAAGACAAGUCAACGUACGCCGAUCGCGACAAAGACAUGAGACUGAACUUUCUGGGGCUCGGCGAUACGAAGCUGGACGGCGACGGAGACGGAGGUCUGGGUGCGUCGUCGAGCGACGUGGAUCUGCGGCUGCCCUUCAAGCCCAUCAUGACCAACUACAUCCCGGCGACGGAGAUUGACGGGUCGGUGACGUCGCACGCGCCGAUCGUGUACAAGGUCCACGAAGUCGACAUUCCCAAGCCCAACUACAAGGACAUCCGGCGGAACACACCGCGCCCCUCCGGCCAGACCAAAGAUCCCCGCUUGCGGCGAAUCUUUGGCAUGUACAACGAAGAUGACAACGGCGAGAACAAGGCGGGCGAGUCGCUGCUGCAAGGAAUGCGAUCGCCGCGAUCUUCGUCGUCGACGAACAGUGUAACGGUGGGUGCUGUGGGUUUGCCGGUGCCGGCGGCGACUGUCCCGGCCGGACCGAUUGCGCCCCGCGUUGAUCCACGAACAAAGCGCAGCCAGGAGAACAAAAGUCAGCAGCAGCAACAGCAGGAUGGUGGAGUUGGUGGUAGCGGGAGUACGAGCAUUGUAAAGAGCAAUCAGCUGGACGUGCAGACGAUUCUGUUGCGGUCGCCCUGGUACACGGAUUUGAGCUCCAAGCACAAGAUCAUGGUGAACCAGCAGUUGGCGAUUUUGUCGACGGAGAUGAAAAAGUAUCACAACUCGGACAAGUCCACGGACAAGCUGGCGGAAUUUAUGCAGCAGCUGGCGACCAACCAGAUGCUUCAGUUCAUCCUGACUAACCUGAACGUGUACGUGGAUGACUCGGUGACGUUCUGCGAGGUGCCGAUGGUGUCUUCGCCCCCGUUGCCCCUGAUGAACGUCCCACCGCCGAACCUGAUGCCCCCGAUAAACAUGCUUCCACCGGUGAACAUUCCUCCGCCGGUCACCACGAAACCACCCUCCAUCUUCGAUCUUCCCCGGUUUAACUGUCCACCGGAAGUGCGGCCGGGACUGCUGGGCGUAGCGCCCAACAUGCCAUUCGAGCAGUUCCUGGCGAUGGGUCAGGUCAACAAGAGCAACAACCAACCACCGCCGCCCCUGCUAGACGAUUGGGGCGAAUGCUGGGACGACGAUCCCAGCCUGAGCCGGGGUGGCGGAGGAGGAGGAGGAGGUGGCAACGGCGGCGGCGGAGGAUUCGUCCCGAACUUUGAACGCAACACCAACAACAACAACAACUUUAACAACGGCCCGCGGGGAAACCCGAUGCGGAACAACAACCGCAACAACUUUCGGAACAAUGACCGGUGGAACAACUCCGGCGGAAACGGUCCAAACCGGCGCAACAACAACCACAACCGCCGAAUGGAUAAGAAAAAGUAAACCACGUUACCAAAAUUGCACUUUUUUCCGAGAUUUGAAUCUCCAACGCGUGAGAUUUAAGAUACCAAAACGGUUGUCAAUGGUGCUUCCCCGUCGAUUUUUUCGGCCUCCAAAAAGUGGCUCUCAUGUAAAUAAUACCCCCCAACCCCUCCCCCUUUUUGUUAAUAUUAUGUAAAUAAGUUUUAUUAUUAUGCUAGCAAUGUACUAAGCUGGAUGGAGGAGUACUCAGUUGAGAACGUAAUUUAAAUCAAUAAAUGAAAAGAAAAAACUCCAUAAUAACCCAAAAAAGAGAGCAUUCAUAGCGAAUAUGCAACAAUCCCAAUGAUCACUGAUAAAGUUUGAAUUCAAGUGGUUGGCCCCCUUUUCCGGGAAUACCACAAUAAUUAGUAUUAACCACAACCACGUGGACCCGUAGUCGACUUGUGUAGUUGUAAGAAUGAUUGUAUCUUGGUCAGAGAUAAAGUACCCAUCAUGUGAGAUAGAGAGACAGAGCGAGAUUACCGUGAACUAUCAA